AGCAGGGGUCGUACUGCGCAGCCGCGAACGGUUGACGGUUGUCGUGAGAUCUAACGUCAAUUAAUGUGAAAUAUGGUUUUUAUUAUAAUCUGCUAUACAUAAAAUAAUGUCAUUAGUACUUUUAGAUUGACCUCUGAGCAUGUGAUAUUAAAAUGUAGGAACGUUUGUAAUUAAUCACGUGUGUCAAACCAGAUGUAAACAAUUCAGUGGACUCUAACAGAAGCACAAACUGAGCCCAUAAUAGGUCCCUAAUCAGGUUUAUACAGCUUGGUUGUUUUUUCCUCCUUGAAGUGGUUAUAUAUUAUAUUAUAUAUAGGCUUAUAUAUCUUUAGUGAAGUGCUUAAAUUACUUUUUUUUUUUUGGUAGUGCCAUUAAAUGAACUUGUGAAAUGUUAUUUCAGCACUUAGUUCUUGGGCAGAAACCUCAGGAUGAGGUUAGGUCCUAAUAGACCUCUGGCAAUAAAACUAUUUCCUAUUAAUUUGGUCUACCCCCCAAAAAAAGGUAAAUUGUAGGAGGCCACAUGUGUGGGAUUAUCUAACAACCACAGUAUUAAAAGUGCACUAAAAACUAAAGUAAAUUAUUAAUCAUAGCCUUGGUUUGCAGCAGGGGUUGUUUGUUGUAACAUAGAUAUGCAUACGAUAGAAAUAAAAUGAAUUUCCUUUUAGGACAUUUAACCAUGGUGAUGUAAUAGACUCCAUCCUGAAAUAAUUCCCACCUUUUAAUACACUCAUGCUGCCUAUACAUCAGUUUAAAAACUGUGCCAUACCUUAGUAUGGCCGAUAUGAUAUUACUUUAAUAUCCCAUUUCCAGUAGUGGGCGUUUAGCCAGCCCGAACCAAACGGAACAAGGGGGAGUCGCAGGAUUAUACCAACUUAAAAGACACAUUUGGGGCAUGGAGAACCCGGUAGGUCAGUGCUAUAAUUAGAGGCUGCUCCUUCCGCGACAGCAGCCAAAUUGCGAUGCAUAAAGCCAUGUAAACCAGGGGAUACACUAUCACAAGGGCUGGCAGUAAAGACACGUUUUCCAUGGGUGACAUUUAACGCCACACGUUGACUGAGGAGGCUCUGUGCGUAACGCAGAGACAGCGCUGGAUCUACACCGGCCACUGCUGCGCAAAUCAUGUGUAUUUGGUAGUGUUUUUUUUUUGUUUUUUGAGACGCCAUAUGUAGCCUACUGUUCAGCGCAAAGCUUCCAUGAGUGCACACCUCGGCAAAAAUGUCUUUUUUAACCAUACCAAGCCAAGAGGGCCUUUUUACCACGAUUAAAACUGGCAAGGCAGGCGAGGAGGCAGAUAGUAGGUCACGCAUAGACGACGAGGAUAAUAAUGAUGAUGAUGAUGAAGACGAUGACACCGACGUCCACCUCAUCCCAAGAUGCUCCCCGGUACCCAGAAAGCGAGGUGCGUCCAUCUACGAUGAGACUGCUGAGUAUAUGCGGAUCCACUUGGCGCUGUCUGCCGGAAAGAGAGUGUCAUUCGCCGAUACAACAGGUGGGGAUCUGGUGGAUGUGAAGGAAUUCGUUGCCUUUGAUUCGGACGAGGAAGAGGAGAACAGUACGAGGUGGGAGGAAGAGGAAGCAAAGUAUCGAAAGCCAGAGCGAGAACCGACCUAUCGUGUGCAGCCAGAGUUUAACGCGCCCAGCGACAGUGCCCUGCUGCAGGCUGUGCACACUAAUAAAGUGGAGGUUGAGCAGAUGUCUCCAGUAGAGAAUGAGCCACUUGCCUUCAGUGGGGUAAUACGAGUCCUGAACAUCUCCUUCCACAAAGCAGUUUAUAUCAGAUCGACCAUGGACAACUGGGCUUCUUACUUUGAUCACCCAGCAGAUUAUGUCCAGGGAUCAAAUGAUGGGGACACUGAUCAGUUCACCUUCAAGCUGUCUUUUGCACCCCCUUAUAUGACACACGGCUCCCGCAUUGAAUUUGUUGUUCGCUAUGAAACCCCAGAUGGCGAUUAUUGGGCUAAUAACUCCUCUAUGAAUUAUGUGGUAACUCUGCUCCUGUCCUAUGAAGAUGCUUCAGCUCAAACAAACAUCGACAUGCAGCAAAAGAGAGGUAUCCUGAAACCUCCAAAAGAUUACAGUAUGAAUGAUGAUUUUGAUUCAGAGGAUGAGCAAGAAAAGGAAGAAGCAGAAGAAGCAGGGACCUCCAAGUCAGGACUUGUCAGGCCAACCGCUGUCUGCCCGGUCAUCAUACAGCCGGAGAUUGACGUAGAGAUUGCAGUUCACCCAUCUGGUCCCCCUGUCCCACCCAACCAAGAGCUUCCAUCUGUUGAUGGCACACUGUCCGCUCACACUGUAUCCCCAGGUGAACAAUUCCCUUGUAUGUCAUCCGAAACCACACUUCAGACUAAUUCAUCCUUUGUACUCUGUGCCAGCGAAUCAGUCCAGCCAAAUAAGUCACAGGCUUUACCCAGACUCCACUGUGAAUUAGGCAACCAAACGUCAGAGCAGCCCACAGACAGUAGUCCCUCUGCACUGCUGCCUGCUUCAACUCCUUCUCUACAACAAGAGUCAAGGCCGAGAUCAGACAGCUCCCAGGCUGGCGCAGAGGAAAUCCCUCCCUCAGAGGCCCCAUGCGUGCAUCUUCCAACCACAGAGACAAAUCUGUUGCCAGCAACAGGAGAGGACGGAUCGACCGACAGCCCAGCCAGUCGUUCUUGUCUUGAACUGCCUGCUGAGUGUGUCUCUGCCCCCAAUGUGACUCAGGGCUUUGAGCAAGACGUUGCAGUGGGGUUGAGUGAACUUGCUGCAGGAAUAUCAGAAGAUUCCACCAUGUCUGCAACACAUCAUGAAGGCAGCAAACCUGCAGUCCUGUCUCCUGUGGCUGAGAGUGAGGCGUCUCUGGGAGCAGAAGGUGAAGCUCCACCAUCACCCAAACUCACAGAGAACCCCUCAGUGAGUGCAGGUAUCACUGAAGUGAGCCAAAACUUAGCUCCUCAGUCUGCUGAUGCUCCCCAGAUUUCCCCUGACACAUUAUUAGAGAAUCUACCAAACACAUUGUCAGAGGUUUCCGAGCUCCAGUCUGAGCAUAACGUCAACAGGAAUCUGAUGUCAUCCGUCAUCUUUCUGAGUGGAGUUGUCUCCCUCUCGAUAGUGUUGCAGGAACCCAGUGCCCUCUUCUUAAUUGGACUGCUUUUGGUCUUGCGCCGUUUGUGAUUAUGCCAUUCUGUUCGGAUCUUAAGUGCCUUUUCAUGAUUCCAAAAUAAGCCAACAAGUGAAAAAAAAAAAAAAAAAAAAACACUCUCCUGUUGAAGUUGAUGUCACUGUGUGAGUUUUUUCUUUUUAGAUUAAUAUAGAUGUUCAUCUAAUGAAAGACAUAUUGCGUACAAUUUAUGAGUAUUUCCAUCCAAAGUCCAAUGCAAGGGGAAAUUAAUUAUACAAAUACUGAUGAUAUUUUCAUGCAUUCUGUCAAACAAGUGUUAACUAAUAGAAAAGUAGUCGAUUGUUUUCCCAUUUCUACAACAACAUUGUGAUCACUCUAAUACUGAAGCAUAUAUUACCAGAGAUGUUUUGUAAGUGGUCUGUAAUUACUUAUUUCUUGUCAUGUGGAGAUGUGUAUGUGGUGUUAUAUUCUGAUUUAUUCAAUCAGUCCUGUAAUGCACUUGUUUUUUUGUUUUUUUGAUUGUUGAUGUAGUUGAGGUUGUUGUCUAAGCACACUGCCAUGAAUUUAACUUUUGUGAAUUCCAUGUGUUAUGUCUUUAUUAAAGGACAAAAAAAACAUUACCAUAGUUGGAUACUAAAGAGACUUGUUAUACAAAUGGUAUUUUGUUUACAAAAUGCAAAAGCAAGACAUGGUUGUGUGAAGUAUUUUGCCUUAAUGCCAAAAAAAAGAAUAACUGAUGACCUUUUGUGAACAUCAGUUUGAAAUAGAUGCUACUUGAGGGACAAAACAAGUGAGAAAAUGUCCAGUGUGAAAUGUGAAAGAGAUAUUUUAUCAUUAAAGAGCACCGGUGUCCUCAACGUCUCCUCACUAUUGCACAGAAGUCUUCCUGUUGAUUCUUGCUAGUAAACCCAUAUUGUUGUUGUUGCACAACACAGAAUUUUAAAGGACUUGUUUGACAACCUCACAGACAGACUGAAGCAUUGAAUGACAUGUUUGAAGUGAUGAAAAUGUUUGCUUUUUGCAGUGUAUUUCCAUUAAACAUGGUCUUAUACCCUG